AUGUUUGUUCUGACCAGCCCGAACAUUACAUCCUCACUCUUCUUCCUCACUGGCUUGCCAGGACUAGAAAAAUCCUAUACUUGGAUUUCCUUACUCUUCUUUUCCAUCUAUGCCAUGGUCCUCUUGGGUAACUGCAUGAUCCUCCAUGUGAUCCAGACUGACCCUAGUCUGCAUGAGCCCAUGUUUUAUUUUCUGGCCAUGUUGGCCUUCACUGACCUGUGCAUGGGGUUGUCCACUGUUUACACUGUUUUAGGUAUCCUGUGGGGGAUCGUCCAAGAGAUUACUCUUGAUGCCUGUAUCCUUCAGACUUAUUUCAUCCACGGACUGUCUUGCAUGGAGUCGUCUGUACUACUUGCCAUGUCAUUUGACCGCUAUGUUGCAAUCUGCAACCCACUGAGGUAUACUACCAUCUUGACCAACCCCAGGAUCAUUCAAAUUGGAGUGGCUAUUUUAAUCCGAAGUUUUCUGUUUAUUACUCCUCCCAUUAUCCGCCUGAAGUUUUUUAAUUAUUGCCGCCCCCACAUUCUUUCCCACUCCUUCUGUCUGCAUCAGGACCUUCUGCGCUUGGCUUGCUCUGACAUCCAUUUCAACAGUUUCUAUGCUCUGGCUUUAGUGAUCUGUACCCUACUCUUAGACUCUCUGCUCAUUCUUAUAUCUUACAUCCUGAUUCUUCACUCAGUCUUGGCUAUUGCAUCCCGUGAAGAGAGACUCAAGUCCUUCCAGACCUGUGUCUCUCACAUUUGUGCCGUCCUGGUUUUCUAUAUACCUAUCAUUGGCCUGACAAUGGUACACCGUUUUGGGAAGCAUCUUUCUCCACUGGUACAUGUACUCAUGGGGAAUAUCUAUAUCCUUUUCCCACCGCUGAUGAACCCCAUCAUUUAUAGUAUAAAGACUCAACAAAUCCGAAGCAGAAUUCAAAGGUGGUUUUCUCUGAAAAAAGAAUAA